AUGGUACUACGUGUCUAUUUUGUUUCAACAACAGGCCGUCGUGAUAUACGUAAAGGACAGAUUCAUGUAUUUUCAGUACUCAGUUCAUGGAAAUAUAAUUAUACAGCAAUUGAUAUAGCUGCACCAGAAAAUGAAAAUGAACGAAAUUUUGUUAUUGAUACUGGUAAAAAAUCUGAAGAUGGUAAAGUUGUUCUACCACAAAUAUUUCAAGAAGAAAAAUGCUGUGGAGAUUAUUUGGAUUUUCUAAAUGCAAUUGAACUCGAAAAAUUACAAACAUUUCUCAGAGAAUUAAAUGAACAAGAUCUUACUGCAAUGAAACAACAAGAACAAAUAUCAAAUGAAGAAACUAUGAAAGAUACCCACAACGAAGCAAAACUAACUCAGGAAAAUUAA